AGUGCUGGGACUUCUGGGCGCAGCAGCAGGAAGGGGCCCGCGCUCUUUUGUGCGGCAAACUGCACUCGGAGCGAGGGUGGGUGUCGACCUUGCACUGAGGAGCACGAGGAAGUGCUACUACUACAGGGUGGGAAGGAAGCGGACUUGCAUCCGCUAGCAGCCAGGCCUCCCAGCGAGGAAGGCGAGCGUCUUCUUCCAGUCCCGGGACCGCUGCUGCUGUCGCCGCCUCCGUUCCAUGUCCCUUUAGGCAAGUUUAGCUCCACCUGUUGCCUCCCUCCGCCAGGGCCCCGCGCUAAUCUCCUCCUGUCUGUUGCCCCGGGAGGGACGGGAGCAAAGGUUCCUUUCGCUUUCUCCAGCUGGCCGCCUCUAGCCGAGCAGCGCGGAACACUAUGACGGUCGGGGGCGGCAAGGGGGCGAGAGCCAAGUACCCCCGGCGCGGGCCUGCAGAGGACAGGAUCGCCAUCCUGCAACUGGACGACGAGGAGGAGGAGGAGAGCCAGCAAGCCCCAAAGGGCCACGCCGAGGAAGAGACGGGCUGCUCGUCCAAGAGAGUCACUUUCGCCAGCCUGCCCGACAAAUACGAGCCCCUGGGCUGUGCGGGAGGCGAGCAAGCGGAGGGAGCAGCAGCGCGCAAGCGGAAAAAGCGCAAGAGGAAGCUCAAGAAAUACGGCAAGAAGGUGGGCAAAGUGUUGCAGAAAGGAUGCCGUUACCUGGUGCUCGGCCUGCAGGGAUUAGCCAACGCCUACACAUCGCCACUUGGAGUGGCUGUUUCGGUAGCUGCAGCGUUUCGUUAGAUGUGUGACCUGCCACUUUUGAGAUGAGGAAGACGGAAACCGUGGUUAAGGUGCACGGCCAUUUCUACUUUGCUUGCACAACACCUUCGGAAAUGACUGCAAUUCAGCAAUAAGGAGAAAAACAAAGGAUCACAUUUAAGUGUUUGAAUGAACAGACUUCGGGAGCAUGUUAAUGAAAAUCAGAUCAAUGAGCAAGUAAGGCCAGAGGAUCAAAGCCUUGAUUAGCUGGGCCAGGUCUUGUCAUUUAUAAAUAUAAGAUAUUUAUAAGGUUACCUUCAAAAAAAUUAGUGGCAGAGGAGGGGCAAAGCAUGUGGAAGAGAAAGAGGCAAGAGUGAAGAAAGAGAGAAAGGUAACAGAAAAAUAGAAGGAAAAAGAAGAGAGGAAAUCGCUACAUUUCCCCCCGGCAUAUCUACUGUGCUUUGCAAAUGCUAUAUGGUGGCCUGGCAUUCCGUAGAUACAGCUUUUUUCAUCAUUGCAUCUCUGCACUGCAGGGAGAUCUGCAGCUCUGGAAUUUCUGCAUAUUAAAACCCAGGAGCACUGCCAGAAACAGAAAAGCCCACAAACAGAUAGAAGAGCUGUGCUAUACUGGAACGAGGAACGGGCAAAAUAAGAAAACCAAAGAUAGUGUUGCAUUGUUGGAUCAGUCAAUUGCAUAGCCACGCAUCCUGAAUGUGUGCACCAUAAACAAGCACCAUAGAGUCCUGACUUGACAUACUGAACAAAAAUUGCACGGACUGCUUCUGUGUGUGCAUGGGGGGAGGGGUGGUUUUUGGCUGCCCCUCCCUUCAGCUGCCUGUGCCUCUUGAAAAUAUGUUCCUGAGGGUCCUGUGACCUUCAUGGACAUAUUUUUGGGAGGCACAAGGGGCUGCAAGACGAAGGGGAUAACUGCAAAUCACACCACCCCUUUGUGCAUGUGCAGAAGCAUUCCUUUUAUGCAGCUCUUACUCUAUAUCAGGCCUGGCUCUCAGUGAAGUAGACCUCCAUAAUAGGCUUGGCAGGUUCAGACCCUGAGAGUGCUUCCUGUCUUUUAAGGAGUGCACAACAAGGAAUAUUUUGCCUAGUGCAGCUUCUGUCAUUGCAUCAGUGUGAUCAUAAAGGUCACACUUGGUGCAAUAGUCUUUUAUUUUCCAAUACUGAAAAGAAAACCCGCUCCCUAGCAAAGAAGCUCUGAAGGUUUCCUCUGAUGUCUCCCUGCGUGUCUUGGAUGGGCUGGUAGUCAUAGCCGUUUCCCAGUCCAAACAAAGUACAGUACCAUUCAGGAAGCAGGAUGCUCCGCAUCUUCUGUUAAUAAAAUCAAAAAAUUGAGUGGGGUCAUAUGCUGAAUUCAUUGGAGCAAGGGGAGAGUUAUGGAUGUGAUAAUAAGCAUAUAUAUUAACAACAUGUGCAUUCAAAAUUGUAGGCAGCUGUGUCUGUCCAUUAGAAAAAAUCCAAAAGCUACAAUCUGGCAAUACCUUUUUCAAGACCAACCAAAAUGACACAAGGCUGUGAGCAGCAGCAAGCUUUCAAGUUCGGGGAAAACCCAAGAGCCCAGCUGCCCUGAAGGCUAAGCAGCCUGGGCAGCCACCUGCAAGGAAAGUGGGGGUGGGGGACAAAGAGGUCAGAGCUGGGCACUUUCUCUCUCACUCUCUACCCCCUGCUGUGCCUUCCACUACAGGCAUCCCAUCCAGCUGUAGAGAUCCUCUUAAGUGGAAAGCACAGGGCAGGGGGAAGAGAGAGUGAGAGAGAAAGGGCCCAGCUCCGUGCUUUCUGGCCCCUCCUUUGUGCAUGCAUCUCUCCCAGCCAGCUGCUUAACUUUCUGACCAGCCGGGCAUUUCUGCUUAACUUUCUGACCAGCUGGAGAUUGGCGAGGAGCUGACCUCCGUUUUAGCAGCCUGGCUGGCCAAAAGAUUAAGCAGCUGGUUGGAAGAGAUUCACGUGAGGAAAGGAAGUGAGGGAUUGCUGGAGAGCAGGGAUGAGCCAACUGCAGCGGUGGCAGCAGUAUGCAGAAGAGGUGGUGCCAGUGGGCACAGAAGUGGUCUCCGGGUCGGCAGCGGGCCCUUGGCAGCUGCCCAAUGAUGCCAGCCUCUGAUGCUGGUGCUGCCCAUUGUGGCUGAAGUGCUUCACCCAGAAUUUUCAAGAGUAAAGGAAUUGUGUAACGUAUUUGCAUGUGGCAGAGCUGCCCUCUUUUUUGUGAGAUUGUGGGUGUUGGUUUAACUGCAUCACAGAUCUCUGUUUGCUGCUGUUAGAAUAGCCAAGUAGAAUUCAGUUGUCAUUUAUAUAGGCCAGAGAGCCUGGAUCAUGAUAUGAAAUAAAAUGCACCUCCUCUGGCAUGCCCUGGGCACCAAAAGAAGAGACCAGACCCACAUCUUCCUGAAAAAUGCAUUAAGUAUUAAGUUAAAUUGUGGUGGUUUAACAAUCCCAGUGCUGUGGAAACUCUCCCACUGCUGUCCUUUAAAGGAGAAAUACUUUGUGUUGUGCCAAAAGCAGAACUCUGUCUGUGCAUUCCGGAAUCACACAUUUCUGCUUAGCUGACAACUCUAAUUUUUGAUAUGCACCUGUUCAGUCUUAUACUAUUAAUGUGAUUUUGUGCACAAAUAAGGUUCAAUAACUUCUUCUUUUCUUUCUCUCUCAAAAAAGAAUGAUAUUAUUUCUACUUUAAUGGUGCUAAGGAUCGAAAAAUAUAUGGCCAGAGUCUGUGCAAGGCUUCAGCAUUCGUACAGGGCCCUGAUCCUCAGAUGUCAGCUUAAAACAAAGGGAUGCACACCAUUAAAUGUGUAUGUAUUAAUUAUGGUGUCCACCCAAUUAAAUAACUUGCAUACCAGAGCUUUUCUAAUAACUCAUCUAUUUAUUGCUUACAAUUCACUGGAAAACCUCAGUGCCUAAAACUUAAAGACUGGUGCAAGAUCAAGCACAUCAUAGCUGAGAAUUGGCUGACAUCCAGACUAAUGUGAGACUUUCAAACAUGCAACAGGAGAGGAGUGUGAUUUGCCAGUCUCCCCUUCCCCCUGUAGUCCACUGAGCCUCUCAAAAGUAUGUCCCUGAAGGUCUCCCCCCCCCCCAAUUUCAGCCUUCGUGUUUUUGCUUUUAAAUUUUGUUGCUGAUUUGCUUUUAAUUACGUUGAUUUGUAUUGUUUUUAUUGUAAGCCUCCUUUAGUAGCAGGUGCUGGAGGGGUGAGGUAGGACUGUUUUAAGUAAAUAAAUAAAUGUGCCCAGAA